AUGAAGUUCACCUCCAGCUCCAGCCUUCUGGCUGUCCUCGCGGCUACUAUCUCUUCCUCAGAGGCCUCUCCCUUCCGGGGCUGGGGUUGGCCGUCUCCUGGGGGCCAACCUUGGGGCCAACCUUGGGGCAACCCUUGGGGCAAGCCUUGGGAGCAGCCGCAGCCCGACAAGGGUACGGCCCUUACUCACUGGCCAAAGCAGGCCGCCGAUAUCCUGAACGCCAUGAUCCGCGCCAAUGCUCACCAGGGCAACUACGCCGUGUUCGACAUGGACAACACGUCGUACCGCUUCGACCUUGAAGAAUCGCUGCUGCCGUUCCUUGAGAACCGUGGCAUCAUUACCCGCGAGACGCUCGAUCCGUCUCUCCACCUGAUCCCGUUCAAGGAUACGCCUUCGCACAACGAGACGCUCUUCAGCUACUACUACCGCCUCUGCGAAGUUGACGACCUCAUCUGCUACCCCUGGGUCGCGCAGGUCUUCUCAGGCUUGACGCUGCGUGCCCUCAAAGGCUACGUCGACCAGCUCAUGGCCCACAACGGUACCAUUCCCGCCACCUACUUCGAGGGCGACGUCGUGACGCCCAUUGCCAUCAACCCGCCCAAGCCCUUCCGUGGCCAGCAGGAGCUCUUCAACCGCCUGAUGGAGAACGGCAUUGACGUCUACAUCAUGACGGCGGCCUCGGAGGAGCUCGUUCGCAUGGUCGCCUCGGACCCCAAGUAUGGCUACAACGUGCCGGCUAAGAACGUCAUUGGUGUCACCAUGCUUCUCGCCAACCCUGCGGACCCCUCGAGCCCGACCACGGCCCGCAAGCAGAUCGAAGCCGGAACGUAUGACGAGAAGGCCAACCUCGACUUCACGCUGACCCCCUAUCUAUGGACACCCCUUACCUGGAUGGCAGGCAAGCACGCUGCCAUCCUGACGUACAUCAACCAGUGGAAGAAGCCCGUCCUGGUUGGCGGCGACACGCCCACCAGCGACGGCUACAUGCUCUUCCAUGAUGUCGACGUUUGGAAGGGUGGCGUUCGCGUGUGGGUCGAUCGCAAGGCGAGCUAUCGCACCCAGAUUGACGGCAUGAUCAGAGACAACGCCGACCAGCAGAGGAAGCUUGGUCUCCCCGUUACCGCUGACCAGAACUGGAUCAAGGUGAAGCCCGAGGAGAUCCUGUAA